GCUAUAAGCGCGAAGCAGAAAAGGCCAUCAAAAGUGCGCGUCUUCAACUAAUAGUUCACUUCAAUUUAAUGAAUAAUGCUUAAAAAAUAUUAUUCUUCGACUUUCAAGGCUGAAAGAAACAUAGUCUAUUUAUGUUGAGCUCUGAAAUUUUUUUAAUGAAUAUGCUAAAAAAUAUCAUUUUAUGGUUUACACUGGAAAUAAGUGUUAUUGUUAUUUUAAAUGGAAAACGUGAUCAUACUGCAGAAAACAAUAGAAGGAGAGGCUGAGUAUAUGAUGCAGUAAAACUUUCGCUAAAUGAGAUAAUAAAAUGACUUUUUUAUACAACAGAAAAUAUGUGAAGUAUAGAUACUUCUUAGAGAUGUAAUUUAAAUAAACAAGUAUAUUCCUGUUGUAGGCAGAAAAGCUGUUUAUAAAAUCGGCUUCAGACGGAGCAGGACCAUGCAUGUAAAUAAUUCUGUAGCGGAAGGUGACUUAUCAUUAACACUCUAGUUCGUAUUGAAAGAAGUCUUAUUAAUGCAAUUGUAAAACAUUCACAUAACUUACUCAUCCAAUUCCUCUUGUUCACAAAAAUAAAGAACUUAUUCCUGCAGUAUGAGUGAAAACUCUAAUACAACUCAGAGCAAAUUAAAUAAAAACUAUUUUGCUCAUAAUGGAGAGAAACCUUAUUCAUGCAAUGUGUGUGAUAAAAGUUUCACACAUAAAAGAUAUUUAAAUUAUCAUUUUGUUGUUCAUACUGGAGCAAAACCAUAUUCAUGCAGUGUAUGUGAUAAAUCUUUCACACAGAAGUCUGGUUUAAAUAAACACAAUAUUCUUCAUACUGGAGCGAAGCCUUAUUCAUGCAAUGUGUGUGAUAAAUCUUUCACUUAUAAAUCUAAUUUACAUCAACACUAUCUUGUUCAUAGUGGCGAAAAACCGUAUUCAUGCAGUGUGUGUGAUAAAUGUUUCACACAGAAGUCUGGUUUAAAUAAACACAAUAUUCUUCAUUCUGGAAAGAAGCCUUUUUCAUGCAAUGUGUGUGAUAAAUCUUUCACAUAUAAAUGUAAUUUACAUCAACACUAUCUUGUUCAUAGUGGAGAAAAACCGUAUUCGUGCAGCGUGUGUGAUAAAUGUUUCACACAUAAAAGAAGUUUAAAUGAUCAUUCUGUUAUUCAUACUGGAGAGAAACCUUAUUCAUGCAAUGUGUGUAACAAAUGUUUCACACAUAAAAAAAACUUAAAAGAACAUUUUGUUGUUCACAGUGGAGAGAAGCCAUAUUCCUGUAGUGUGUGUGAUAAAUCCUUUACAUUGAAAUCUAGUUUAAAUAAACACAUUCUUCUUCAUUCUGGAGAGAAAUAUUCAUGCUGUGUGUGUGAUAAAUCUUUCGCAAAUAAAAGGUGUUUAAAAGGACAUUACAUUCUUCAUACUGGAGAAAAGCCUUAUUCAUGUAGUGUGUGUAAUAAAUGUUUCACACAUAAAAAAGGGUUAAAAGAACAUUCUGUUGUUCACACUGGAGAGAAACCAUAUUCCUGUAGUGUGUGUGAUAAAUCCUUCUCAAUGAAAUCUAGUUUAAAUAAACACAUUCUUCUUCAUUCCGGAGUGAAGCCAUAUUCAUGUAGUGUGUGUAAUAAAUCUUUCGCACAAAAAAAGAAUUUAAAUGAACAUUAUGAUAUUCAUAAUGGAAAAAAGCCUUACUCUUGUAGUGUUUGUGAUAAAUCUUUCACCUCAAAACCUAAUUUAACUAGACACCUUCUUAUUCAUCAAGGAAUUCAUGCAGUGUGUGUGACAAAAUAUUCUCUAGAUUAAUAAAAUUUAAUUAAUCAUUUUUUUAUUUCUACUUAAGAGAAACUUUUUUUAUUCAUGCAUUGUAUGUGAGCUAUCUUUCUCACCUGGACAUGCAUAGUACCCCAUGUUUCUGACAUUUGAGUUAAACCCUAUUCUUACAAUCUGCAGUAAAUAUUGAACAUGUUCUAUAAUGUUAGUUUAUGUAAAAGAAAUUUAAAUAUUCAAUGUUAUUCAUACAAGAUCUGAACCUUAUUCAAGCAGUGUGUGUGAUAAAACUUUCUCACAGAAAAUUCUUUUAAAUUUACUUUUUGUCUUCAUACUGGAUAUAAAUUUUACGUAUGUGAUAAAUAAUUUUUACAGAAAAUAGAUUUAAGAGAUUAGUUCAUAGUGUAAGUAGUACCUUACUCAUAAAAUGUGUGUGAUAAAAUGUGGAAAUCUUAUUUAAAUAAAAACUCUGUAUGAUAA